AUGUCUUCAAAACUACACCAGACCGCCUUAGCAUACAUUGAUGGAUUCAGAACCCUUUCACCAGAAGCCUUCCUUUCGAUCCUAGCUCCAUCAGCCGAGCAUAAAUUCGCCCCCGCCUCCCUCAACCUCCCACAGUCCAUGGAUGCAGCUACAUUUGCCAACCACCUAGGAAGUCUACGAGAAGUUCUAGCUGGCUUCCCGGUAUAUCCCAAGGAGAUUUGGGAGAACGAAGGUCUGGGCCAGGUGACGAUCUGGGCGACCAGUGAAACCAUUUUCCACGAGAAAGCCAAAGGCGACAAUGCCUCCGUAGACGACUGGAAGUUCCAGGGUGAAUACAUCUUUAUUUUGACGAUGGAUGAAUCUCAAGAGAAGGUUGUGCGGGUUGUUGAGUUUUUGGAUAGCAAGGCGACGGAGCGCUUGAGGGAAUUGAUGGCUAAGGCGCGGAAAAAUUUGAAUGCGAAGAAAGGAUAG